GAAGUAAGAAGAUGACAGAACAAGCACCUGCACCAGGCCCAAGUGAUGAACUAGCUCAACCUGUCCAACCCAAAGUAGCUAAGGAUCUGGAUGGCAACUAUGUGUACUAUCUACCAGAUAAACCUGUCACAGAGGCAGCCAAGUGUGGAGAUCACUCAGCUGUGAAGACGCCAGUGUCUGCUACAUCAACACAGCUUAGUACAACAGAACAAGUGAUAACUCUAUCACCAGCCAAAUCUGGGAUUAGUAAUAUAGUCACAAUAAAUUCAGAGAACAUCAUUGGCCGAUUUGAUCCAGAAACUCUAAACUCAUUAAACCAGCUCCUGGAAGAAGUGGAUGCAGAUUCUGAGUUAAAUCUGAAUACUUCGAAGGAAGGUUUGAACACAGAGAGUGAUACAGUUAAAAAUUCUAGUGGCAUUUCUGACCCAGUGUCAUUGUCAGUUUCAGCAGGGACUGAGGGCAAUGGUCAGUUAUUCCAAGUCACUGCAGAGAUACAUAGCAGUGGUCAGUCACAACCAACUCCAACAGGGAUACAAAGAAGUGGUCAGUUAACUCCAGACUCAUCAGGAAUACAAAGUAGUGGUCAGUUACAAUCAACCCCAGCAGGGAUACAGAGUAAUGGUCAGUUAUCCCAACACACAACAGAUAUACAUAACAGUGGUCAAUUACAACCACCUCCUUCAGGGAUACAAAGUAGUGUUCAGUUAAAUCCAGUCCCAGCAGGAAUGCAAAGUAGUGAUCAGUUGCAGUCCAUCCCAACAGUGACACAUAUCGAUGGUCAUUUGCAACCACCUCCAGCAGAGAUGUGUAGUAGUGGUCAGUUACAACCACCUUGUCCCCUAGCUGUUAAACAUACCGGUAGUAAUGGUCAGUUAUCUCAUGUCCCAGCAAGAGUACCAACCAGUGGACAGCCAUUCUCUGCUCUAGCAGGGUUACAGAGCAGUGGUCAGUUAAAUCCAGUCUCAGUAGGAAUACAGAACAAUGGCCAGUUGUUCCCAGUUGCUUUAGAGACACAGAGCAGUGGUCACUUAUCCCAAGUCACUGCAGGGAUACAAAGUAGUGGUCAGUUACAACCAGCCCCUCCUGAGGUACAGACCAGUGGCCAGUUACCCCCAGCAAGCACUCUUCUUUCAUCAUUUAAACCCAUUAAUACAGACAGAUCACUCCUUGAUUCCACCAUGGACAACAGUAUUGCAGAACCCAUCAGUAACUGUAGAUUACAGAUGAAUCCUGAAAAAAGUGUCAAUGGCCAAAGUGCAAACUCUGUCUCUUUUAGUAACCCAGUGACAAUUCCAAUGGAAAGUACUAUCCCGGUGCCCCAGAAAUUUUCUGCCUUGGAAACAGCUACUCUCAAUUUUACAUAUCAGAGCAAUGUUGGAAAAGAAGUAGAUUUACAAACACAAACUAUAAACCACAGCUUGGUGCCACCAGCACUUAAUCAAAAUAUAAACUCUCAAAAUCAGGCUAGUGUUUCAUUGCAAACGGAUUCUGGGCUUUCCAUUCCUGCAGGUAUUAUGGAUUCAAUUCCUGUGUCUCAAAAUAUUAGCCAGUUGAUGGUUAGUGAACAAAGAAAUCAAGCUACUGAACACUCUGUAAAUUUGUUACAGAACUUGACGACUGAUUCCCAAUGUUUUCCUCAAGUUAAUGUACAGUCGACCUUUCAGAAAAAUGUUACUCCACAGUCUAUGUACCAGCCUGUCUCACAGAAUACACCUCUACCAGGAUUCCAGUCACUGCAGUGUAAUUUGGCUCUCUCCACAUAUCAACCUGUUCAAGUGUUUUCAACUCCCUCAUCUCAGUAUCAACAAAGUAGAAUGUCUACUCCAAAAUACUUACCUCAUUUGGAUGCUAACAUGACUACCUCAACUUCUUAUCCUUAUAAUCAGAGUCGUCCAAAUCUUGAUCUGCAACCUGCAGCAAGUGGCAGUCAGUUGACAGUGGUUCAAGAGGGUAGAUCUUGUCCACAGCCAAUUCUUACAGACUUGAAUAUGAAUACCAUUCAACAUCAGAACUCAGAAAUCUCCAGCAUGUUUUCAUGCGUUGAUCAAAUAUCAGCCAAAAAUCCACUCCCCACAUUGCUAGAACAAACUAAAUGUAUGUCCCCAAGUGUUCAAAAUUACAACAGAAAUGGGUAUACACAUCAUUUAGGAUUACCAGUUCAGAGUGUUUCUAACCAGGGAUCAUUGUACAAUAUGAAUGCUGCUCAUCUACAGGCUUCAUCUUUGACACAACUUCAGCACUACUCCACAAAUCUUCCACAGCCGCAGGGAGGUAGUGUGGUGCCCUCCCUAGCCCCAUCUCUAGCACCCAAUCCAAUGGUGAAUAAUUUUAGUAUCCAAUCCAACAAAUCAUUGUCUACUGGUGUUGCACAUACCAAUUCAAAUUAUCUGUCACCUGGGACAUCAAGUUCAGGAUACCAGAGUCCAGGACUGCAAAGACAUUCACAACAGUUCUGUUUACCUAGACCACAAUGUAACACUCCAAGUUACUUUUCCGGGUACUUGCAGAAUGUUGAAUCACAGACUUCUGUCCAAAAAAGUCAACAGUCUCGUCAAAGCCACCAACUAAAGCUGAUGCCAAAAAACCAAAUGUUGGCAGUGAAGAAAACAAUCAGUAUGUACUGGCCGGACUUUUCCAACUACCCAGAAGUGUGCACCUGUGACAAGUUGGACAUGGGAAAUGAAAUACACGUGGAGCAGAUCUGGUUGCACAUGAACCAGAUGUACUAUUUGCCACAGAUACAAAUUCUUGCUAUUGGAACUGACGAAUUCAUAGGUAUCGUAAGGGAUGAAAAGAAUUACGUAAGUGUUGGGGAAAUCAUGAUGCGCCUCCUACCAAAACUUCAGAGAGAAGUGGAAAAUUACAUACUUCAAAGCAUGUGUGAGGUAGAUCUCAUGACAUUGGAAGAGCUGGCAUACCUAAAGCAGCGAGGAUGCACCGAAUUUGAUAUUCAUGAGAUGAUUUCACUGGAAAGUCUGAGAGAAAUGUGUAGAUUUUUAUUAAACAAAAGCUCCAAACUAAAUUCGGAGGUGAGCAAGCUAGCAGAAGCUGCAACUGGUAUUUACUAUAAAAAGGUCUUAGAAAAGCACACAAGAUGUUCCAAGUGUGGGGGAGCUAUAAAAUGCAGUGACAUUCUAGAUCGAUAUGAAGCCAUCGAUUGCCCUGCAGGAAUUUCUUCCAAAGAGCAAAAAUUGGCACUUCUACAAAGGACUUAUAAUGAUGAAAAAUUGGCUCUUCGACAAAAAGAGGUGAUAGAAAGUGCAUUCAGCAAGAAAAAGUCUUCACCACAAAGUAGUACUAAGCCAGGCCAGAAAAAUGUCAGGAUCAAGAUUGGACUAUUGUUAGUGGGUGGAACCCAGUUCAACACCUUCAAGAUCAACGACAAAUGCUACAUUUCCCUGAAAGAGUUAGUGGCUUUUAAAAUCUCGACAUUGCAGUUGCUUCAGAGCCGAUUAGCUAACUUAGAGUACAGACCUCGUCCAGCCCCUUCAUGUGUUGAAAAGUAUUUCAUUCAAAAUGACAUUGGAGUUCAUAACACAUUGUGGAUUGACACAGUGAUUGUUCGCUGUAUGUGUUGUUUGGGGCAGCAGAAGACGCAGAUGCCUUUACAGAAGCAUUUCAAGUGUGGAGACUUUGAGGAGUUGUGGGAGAAAGACGUGGAUGGUGUAGAUGAUUGUGACAUAAAUGGAACAGUCUUUACACUUAAUCCCAGCACAAUAACCAUCUCCAAUAGGAGGCUCUUACAGCGAAAAGACAGUUCAAGUGCAGUGCUUAUCAAGACUGUGAGAAGAAAUCCACAGGGACCCUCCAUGUCAGCAGAAGGAGAGCCACUGAUCACAAUGGGUUCAUGUGAAAAUAUUGCCAAGAAACCCUUGACAAUACAGAUGAGAAACUUGACAUCUCAUUUAAAAACAUCAACUGGUACUGUAUUAUUUACAACUAAACCUGCAUAUAGAGAAUACACCCUUGGCAAAAAAUCUAAAAGGAACAGAGUUUCAGUUUCACCCAUGAAGACUCAGAAAGUGUUAAAAGAUGUCAAUCUGGAUAGUUCUUCCUUGGAUAGAAGUCUGAGUAGUCAGCCUAUGGCCGUUAGCAAUUUGAACACAGGAAUGGAACAAGAAGAUGCACAAGAAGAUAUUACAGAGGAAUCCAUUCUUGAAAUUGCUGCGCGAGAAGCCAUGCUUAUGCCAGAGGACUUAAAUGAUGACACAGAUGCAAUGGAGUAUCCUAGAUCUGUGGAUUCUGUGAUUCAAGCCAUUGGAAUGGGAGAUGGACUACCUUCUGAAGAUUUUGUUAUGCAGGAGAUUGAGAAAGGGGGUCUAAAUCUUUUUGAUGGAGUUCUUAGUGCUAGUAUCUGUGGGGAUUCAAGGAGUCAGUUUGAGGAUAGUGACAAACUAACAGUCAGAACACCACAAUUAGCAGUCUCACCAAGAAAAUCUGAACCAGCCAAUCAGAGGAAAGCACCAAAGUCGACAAACGAAGACACGUCAGUCAUACCUAGAAGGACAGAAAGUAGGAAAAAGAGAGUUCCAAAGCGAUAUGAAGAAUUUUUUGUGGAAACUGACAAAAAAAUCUUACUGAGCAAGAAGGACUCAAAGAAAGAAGAAGGUUUGUGUACAACGAUCAAGCAUGAUGAUAUAGGGUCCAAAAAGAAGCUGAAAAAUGUGAAAAAAGUGCAGGUUUUGCAUGCACCUGAGUUCAGGGAAAAAAUCAAAAGUGGUGAAUUGGAUGGAAGACUGCUGCAAGUUAUAAGACAUUCAGAAUUGGAUGGCAUCAUGGAAAUGGUGCCAAGGAACCAAGAAGAGGCAGCCUCUGUCAGUCCAAUUGCUGACAAUGAAGAAAGCAAUGACAAAGGAGGUUCAAAAACUAGUCAAGAACAGGUGAGCGAGAAAGUUGGUGAGUGUGAAGGAAAUCUAAAUUUAGUCUCCUCAGCAACUCCUUGUGGUGACACUAUUACGAGUGGAAUUGUCACCACAAGUGCUGGUGAAAGUCCUUGUGUUUCAGAGCCAUCAGAACUUCUAAACUCUAAAGAACAAGAAGAAAAGUCACCUGAAGUGAUAAAUGAAAACAAUAUUGAAAUUUUGUGUUCUCCAAUAAAAAAUGUGGACAGUGCUAGCUGCUCUGCUAGUCCGAACACAAGUACUUCAUCUCUUUCAGAGGAAUUGAGGACUUCAAGAAUUAAAAGAGUUUAUGACAAAGUGGCAGCUUUGGAAUCCUCUCAGGAUGAGUAUAGAAUCCUCCACAUGUUGGCAACAGUGGCAGAAGUUGUGACCGAGUCAGGGGAUGAACAAACUGAACAUGAUGUCACAGUGUCAUGUGACCAGCAAGAGAGUGUGAAUGUUAUUAGUGCUAAGUCCACAGAAAAUAGUGCUAAGAGUGAUGUAUGCACAGACAAUGUGAAAAGUAGUGGUAAUUCCUCAGAUGAAGUUUCUACAGAGGGACUAAAUUUGGAUGCUAGUGUAACAAUCCAGUCAGGGAAGCAUGUGACAGAAAAUGCAUUGUCAGAUGCAGACAAAGAGAGUGAGAUAGGUGACAGAGACAUCCAAUUGGAUGACAGAUCAGAAUUAACCAAUCAAAAAGCAGAAGUGAAGGGAACAGAGUUAACGAAUGAAAAAGAAGCAUUAGAACCCAUGGAAGAUGAGAGUGUUUUAAAAGAAGUGCCAGUAUUGUAUUCGCCAUUAUUAUUUGAUGAUGAGGAAUUCUCUGAUCAUGAUGAUGAUACAUUAACUGAAACCCAGGUGAAUCUGUGCACAAAAAAAGAUCCAGAAACUGAAAUGCGAGAGAGGUUGUCUAAAUUUAUAGGUGCAGUAAAUAAAUAUGUAGAUGUUACCGACUUCCAACGAGAGCCAGGUAUUGCCACUAGCAGGGUACGAUUUCUACAGGGUGCAGAGGAAGCUUUUCCAGGUCUCUAUGGUGAUGAUGGACUUCAGAGGAGGAAAACGUUUGCCGUUUUGUUGAGUCGUAUUUUGUACCAUCAGGAUGAACUUACCAAACAGACUCAACAAGAUGGUGAAAGCAGUUCCUCUAAAAGUCUUUUAUCAGUAGGCAGUACUGUCAAGAGUGGAAAAAGUAGUUCAGGAAAAAAGAGUGCCUCUAAAAUUAGCUCCCAGAAGAGUAGUAAAAGUAGUUCAAGGAGAAGGGUUCACUCAAGAGAUAGUUCAUUCGAGAAGGCUCCUCCUGCAAAGAUAAUAAAGCUCUGCUGAACGUUGCAUCCAUCACACCUGCAAAAGAAGCAUAGAGAAUUUGUGAAUUCAUGUGCUACUCCAUCACUUUCUAAAGAAGCAAAACAGAGAAUUUGUGAAUUCAUGUACAACCCCAUCACUUGCUAAAGAAGCAUAAAAGAGAAUUUGUGAAUUAAUGUGCAACUCCAUCACUUGCACAAGAAGCGUAAUAUAGAAUUUGUGAAUUCAUGUGCAACGCCAUCACUUGCAAAGGAAGCAUAUUAGAGAAUUUGUGAAUUCAUGUGCUACUCCAUCACUUGCAAAAGCAUAUCAAAAAUUUGUGAAUUCAGGUGCAACUCCCAUCACUUGCAAAAGAAGCGUAAUAGAGAAUUUGUGAAUUCAUGUGCAACUCCAUCACUGGAGAUUGAAGAGAUGACAAGAGUGUCCAAAUAGGAUUUAUUAUCCGACUUGUGUUCAAAUAAAAGCAAUCCAACCAUUUCUGUUAUUCAUCAUAUAUGCCUUGUUAUUGAAUUGUUAAGUAGUGAAUUAGCUCCCAUUGGAAAUACUAGUCAUUUUUGAUCUUCAACUUGUUUUUAUGUGUUCUCUAAGUGGUUUCGUUUUCAAAUUAAUUUUUUGAGAUUUAUUCAUACUGUUUUCUGUUUAUAAAAAUAUGUUAGGUUGUUACUUAGAAGGAUAUAAAAUGACGAUGAUACAAAUGUAUUGGUAUGAUAUUUUUUCCUAUUUUUAUUGUCAUAAAUUUGUAAAAUUAUGUGACUGAUGAAAGAAAUUGUUAACUUGAGAUAAGUUUAUUUCUACAAUUAGUUUAAUUACCUGGUAAUUACUAUAUUAAACUAACACUACCAUUAAAACACUGCCAAGAAUGUAGGUGAUUGUAUUUUAGAAAAGAAUUUUAACCUCUAUUUUAUGUUGUAUAUAUUCCAAUGUAAGCAAAAAUUGUUUUAUUAUUCUGUUUGUACCCACCAAGUUCAUAUCAAUGUAUCAAAGUUAAAACUGCAUGUUGCAUGCAAUUUUUUUUUCGCUCUCUCUUCAUAAUUGGUUGUAAAAAUGAGUGCCAUUAAACUUCAAAAAUUUAAAGAACAUAUUAAGUUGUACACUUAUUAUUCCUACUGUAUCAUUGAUAAUCUGUCAUUUCACUCAUCAUUCUGUCAGUCUUUAGCAAAAUGUAUACAUUUCCAUUUGUUAAAAUUGUUUAAAUUACAUCUAUGGGAAGGAGUUUCCAAACUGUUGAAUUUGAUAUUACUUUAUACAAAAAGUGUUACGAUUGCACAUGUAUAUCUGUUCUUUAUGGUCAUUAAGAAGACAGAGUUCCAAUGUUUAAUGUUCACUUUAGAGCUUUGGCUAUUGGAUAUUAAUCAUAUUUGGGUUUAUGUCUGAACUUUUUUUCCUGCAUUUUGGUCAAUUUUCUUGCAAAAGACUGAUAAAAAUUAAAUAGUAAACUUUUGUAAAAAAUAGUUUUUGCUAGAAUUUAGUCUCUAUUUUUGUAUUUUCAAGAGUUUAUAGUAUCUAUACGUUACCCAAAGUCCCAGUUCUCAAAAGUGAAUACAUGUGUUGAUAAUUUUCCUCACCUUUUCAAACAUAUGUUAAAAUAGAUAUUCAGAGUUGUUUAAUGUGUCCAUAUUUGGAUGGAAAUUUUUUUAUCCGAAGUUCAAAGUUUAGAAAUUUAACAGCCAGGUUCCAGAUAAUUAUGAGAAAUGGGUCAUUAUAUGCUUUGCUAAUUAAACGACAGAUAUGGAGAUCCUUGUAAGAAGUUGUGAGAAAAGUUAACAGCCUAGUUGGUAAAAUUUCUAACAUCAAGUAAGAUCAAUACUUCAUCAAAAAUUUUCUGUGUGAGCAGAACUAUUUUAGAUUUAAUAUAGUCGUACCAGUACUGAAAACUUUUGAGAUUAAUUUUUAUGUAUCCAAGAGUCCUUGUUCUAAGGGAGAAGGUCUUUGUUCUUAGAAACCUGUAAUAUAUGACUUGUAAUGUUUUCCAUUUCUCAUCCAGCAGAAAAAUGAAUUAAAUCUAUGCUUUAAACAAAGAUGAAAAGUUUUUUUUUAAAUUCAAGAUGUUUUUUUUUUGUACGAGUACCAGUCUGUAAGAACUAUAUAUAUUGCUGCUUUUGAAUGGAAAUGUAAACAAAAUUUGAUAAUCUAAAGAAAGAGGGCAUACAAGGUGAGCACAUUCCCCCGCUCAGAGACAAUAUGUUUUUUAAAUAUACAAGUUCACAGAAAAGUUAUAUUUUACUAAAAUUAUGUUUUCAAUAAUGUCAUCUUCAACACAUUUGAUUCUUUAUUUUAUUGAAUGACUUAUAAAUCGAUAAUCUGUUUUUGAAGUUGACAGUUUAGAAUAUUUAGUGGAAAAUAGGAUUAUUAGAGCCAUAAAAUAUUAUUUUUGAACAUGAAUGGGUCAAGUCCACAUUCUUCAGUAAUGUUUAAAUGACGGAAAAGUAAAUGUAAAAUAUAUUUCAUGUUUCAAAAAAAGGAGUCUGAACUCAUUCUAUAUGAAAAUCGAACUUUUCUGAAAAAAAUUAUAUGAUUCAUCAAACUGAUUUAUUUAUAUCACACCGAUACACAUUGAAGACGUGUAGACUUUGUAGCGUAGUGGUUAACGCAUUCAGUCUAGCGCCUAAUCGUGAGCUUUGAAGAGAGUUCGAAUCAUGUGUGAAGCUUUUUUUCUUUCUUUUCACAUACCUUAAAAACAUUAGUGAAAAAUAAAUUAUUUAUCAAUAUUUUUUCAACAAAAUAAAGAAAGCAAAUGUGUAAAAAAUGAUAUUGACAAUGUAAUUUAUGAGAAAAAAGUAACUUUUCAUGAACUUUUAGAAUUGAGAAAUGUUUUUUCGCAGAGCAGGGGAUUGCCUUCGCCUUGUACGCCUAGAUUCUUUCCAGAAUUCACAGGAUUAGAUCUUUAUUUUAUUGACUCCUUUGAAUUGAUAAUAAGUAAAGCUGAUUUAUAGGAGAUUGCUUAUUAUACAUGUACUAUUCUGGUAUGAAUACUUUCGGGCUAUUAAUAUUUUUCUUGAUUAUAACCAAUGUUAAUUGCCAAAUAUAUAACUUGAAGUUGUAUAUUUCUUUUUAAUAAUUAUAUUGUUAUGACAGCAUUGGCAUUAUGAGUAUGAAUAGAUGUGUAUGAAUUCAACAAAAUUUAUAUUUGAAUUAGUUAUUUUCUUUUGAAAUGAAAUUGGCCACUCUUGAUCUCAAUUUUGGGAUGUUGAAUAAUCAUUUCAGCAUGCUUCAAAGCUAUAGGGUUCUUUCUCUCUCCCCCCCCCCCUUUUUUUUUAGUGAAAGUAAAUAAACGACUGUUUUUAAUUAUUUGUUUUCAUUUAAUACUCAUACCAUUUGCAGUCAAUGAAAUGUUUGUGCCUUUUUUUGUGUUAACACAUACAUGAACACUGUAUUUGUUAUUUCCACAUUGGAAAUGAAGGAAAAGUAUAUUAGGUUUGUCAAAUUAUCAUUGGUGCUUUGCUUUUUUUUUUUUUACUGUAUCUGUUUAGUUUCUUGUAGCAGGUAGCUAAAUUACUCAGUAUUGCCUUUCCAAUGUUAUUUGUAGCGUAAAAAUACAAAAAACUUUAUAAAUAAUGGAAUAAAUUUUAUAUGAACAUCAAGUAUUCUUCAAAAAUAAA